AAUCAGUGCAAAGUCCAAGCUUGGGCCAAAGGGAGCCCCUGAACGGUGCCUGCUUGAACGCCCUGUGCUCUGUGUGGCGAACAACAGCUGAAAGGGAUCCCUGGGCAGGCAAAACCAGGAGGGAGCCUCACUCCAGCUAGGAGACCUGAGGAGGGAGCUGCCGGAGGAGACACAUCCUGACUCCAUUGGCCUCUAGUCUUACCCUUCCUAACAAAUGUCACCAACUAGGGAGCAGCCAAUCUUCAGCACCAGGGCCCACGUCUUCCAGAUUGAUCCUGCUACCAAACGGAACUGGAUCCCCGCCAGCAAACACGCUCUCACUGUCUCCUACUUCUACGAUGCCACCCGCAACGUGUACCGGAUCAUCAGCGUGGGGGGCACCAAGGCAAUCAUCAACAGCACCAUCACCCCCAACAUGACCUUCACGAAGACAUCCCAGAAGUUUGGGCAGUGGGCAGACAGCCGAGCCAACACCGUGUACGGGUUGGGCUUUGCUUCCGAGCAGCAUCUCUCCCAGUUUGCAGAGAAGUUCCAGGAAGUGAAGGAAGCAGCUCGUUUGGCGAGGGAGAAAUCCCAGGAUAAAACAGAGCUGACCAACCCUGCCCUGAGCAUCACAUCUCACCAGGUACUUCCCAGCCCCAUCAUCAGCUCCAAUGGGCCAGGAGAAGAUAAACUAUUCCGAAGCCAAAGUGCCGAUGUGGAGGUAACAACGGAGAAGGAGCGGCUGAAGAAGAUGCUCUCCGAAGGUUCUGUGAGUGAGGUCCAGUGGGAGGCCGAGUUCUUCAGCCUCCAGGACAACAACAACAAGCUCGUGGCUGCUCUCCACGAAGCCAACGCCAACGUGGACCAGUGGAAGAAGCAGUUGGCCGCUUACCAGGAGGAGACGGAAACGCUGCGGCAGCGGGUAGCAGAACUGGAGUCACAGGGCACUCAGGAUUCCUCCAGUGAGAACAACAAGGAAGAGCUGAGCCAAACCCUGGAGGAGCUGGAACUACUGAUCAAGGCGAAAGAUGAGGAGAUCCAGAUGCUAAAGAGCCAGAAGUGUGGCCGAUGGGAAACAGAGGGCGAGCGUGAGGAGACACUGCAGAAGCUGCAGGAGCUGGAGAGCCGCAACGCAGAGCUGGAGCAGCGCCUUCACCUGGCUGAGCAGACCCUGGCCGAGGCCCUGGCCGAGAGGGAGAAGAUCCAGACCGAGGUCACCAAGGUGGCAGAGAUCAUGGAUGUGAAGAUAUUCGAGCUCAGUGAGAUCCGGCAGGGACUGGCCAAGCUGGUAGAGAGCAAUUGAGCAGCAGCUCCCUCGGAGGGGAGCCUGAGCUGGGACAGUCACAGAACAUCGAGGUCUCUUGGGGCAGGACAAGCCAACGCACCAGCAGCUGCCCGGGCACUGUGGACACCGGCCCCAGGCACUGACUGCCCACGGAACCCCCAGGCAGAGGGCAGAGAGCACCUGAGCUCCUGCAUCCUCCUCAGGGAGCAUCCACAAGUCACAGCCGGACCUCUCUGGACCCUGCCAUGGCCGUGGCACGGUCCAGAGGGAGCGGCUGUCCCCGAGCUGCCCUCCCAGCCCCUGCUGCCACACUGUGUCCCCCGUUGGAGGGUCCUGGGGGAAGGGGCUGAGCAGCCGGGGCAGGUUUUCAGUAGUUUGGUUUUUAGGAAACCACUUGCCUUUUGCAGACAAGCUGCCUGUCCCCCCCCCACCCCGGGCAGGGAGCAGCACUGCCAGCACACCAAGAGCAAGAGCUGCUCCUUUUCCUCUUGCCAGCCCUAACUGCAUCAUGUCUCUUCAACAGGAUCCAGUAACGCUUCCAGAGGCAGCAGUGGCCCCACUGCAGAGAAGGGUCCUUGCCUGACCAUGUGUCCUUUUCCACUGUUCAGUCACAUCCUCCAGAGGAGAAAGAACUGCAGGGUUUAAAGCUCUUAUUAGUUCACCACAGUGAGAUGUAACGACUUGAUAAAACUUUCAGCUGAGAAGAGCAGAGGCUUGGUUGGGAAAGGGGCAUCUGAGAAAUGGGACAUGCCUGAGGGGAUGGCCAACAGACUGCCCCGUUGGCAGCGAUCCCGGCCUCUGAGGGCUGCACUCAAUUGAAAUUAAAUGGAGCAAGUCACAGUU